AUGUUUGUGGUUGUAGCAACCGUUCUUCUCUUGGUAACUGAAACACACUCAACAAUCUGCCUAGGGGGAAAAAAUAUUCUUACAGGAGCCAACGGUCAGCUAAGCAGCCCAGAUCCGGGUAAAUCUGGAAUUUGUUCUUGGGAAGUUAAGGUCCCCGAAGAUUCACGGAUAGUUUUUUACUUCAACAUCUACGAGAUUGGGCAUUGCGGUAACAGUUACUCGAAUGAAAACAGGUGCGCUGGCUGCACUCGCAUAGAACUGAGGAACAGCUCUAAUAAACCACCAUGGUACACAUUCUGUGAUUCCAAAGCAAGCAUACCCGAACCUUUGUCCACCGACACAAGCACCCUUCUCGUGAAUUUCCAGUUGGAAGCAGAUGACAAAGAGAGCUGGUUCACUGCUGAAUACGAAUCUUGGCCAUCUCAUGAUAGGGUCGACCUGGUAACAACAUCAACCGCACAUAUUUCAAGUCCACUAUUUCCUGGCAGAUAUCCGAGGAAUUCGCAUUUUCGGUGGUUAGUGGUUUCUCCCUCAGGAUAUCGCGUGAAAAUUGAAUUCUCUAAGUUCGACUUGCGCUAUUGUGCUAGAUGUCUGGAAUGUGAUUUCCUAAGAGUGCUUGAUGGUGCUUCGCCUGAAAGCCAAGUGUUAGGGACAUACUGCUCAAAUCCUGGUACCCUAUACACUUCAGGAAAUAACGUUUGGAUAGAGUUUGUAGCAUCAAAGGACCUCAACCAAGUAUAUGACAGCACUGGGUUCAAAGCAACACUUUCAAGGGAAAUCAGGCUCUAUGUGAUUGUGGUACCGUGCAUUCUUGGAAUCUUUUUGAUAAGCCUCGUGGUCGCUAUCCUUGUUGUUAUGUGUCGCCGUCGCCGUCUCUCCCCAACGGGAAAUGGAGCCCCUGUUGUACAGAUGUCCUUACUGAACGAAGACGACAAUUUUAGUAAUGCUCAUUUGUCCGAUGCUGGACCACACAUUGAAGCCAGCUUACCAGUGUAUCGUCCAACAACACAGAAAAUAAGGAGAUGA